UACUUUAUCAAGAUGUAGUUGCUUAGUUUCGUUUUCUUCCUCUUUGUAACAAAAAAAAAAUUCAGAAGCAUCUCAAUUUUUGUGCGCGGAACUGUACUGAGCUGACUUGCAUUCACUUCAGUCCACCAUGGCCAGAACAACAACAACCACCCCACACCGCCACUACUUCACUUUCUCACUCUUCCUCCACCUCACUCUCCUCCUCUCACUUCUUCCCUUCUCCGCCACCACCACCACCGAACAAGAACAAGACAACCCCAUCACACGCUUCCAACGCUACCUCCAAAUCAACACCGCGCACCCAAACCCCGACUACACCUCCGCCGUCUCCUACCUCAUCACCCAAGCCUCCUCCAUCAACCUUCGCCACAAAACCCUCCACUUCUCCCCCGGAAACCCCCUCCUCCUCCUCACAUGGCCCGGCUCCAACCCUUCCCUCCCCUCCAUCCUCCUCAACUCCCACCUCGACUCCGUCCCCGCCGAGCCCUCCAAAUGGCUCCACCCUCCCUUCUCCGCCACGCGCGACCCCGACACCGGCGCCAUCUUUGCCCGCGGCGCGCAGGAUGACAAGUGCAUCGCUAUGCAGUACCUCGAAGCCAUCCGCAACCUGAAGUCCCAAGGAUACGCGCCUGCACGCACCGUCCAUAUCUCGCUUGUUCCUGAUGAGGAGGUUGGGGGAUUCCGCGGCUCUGCGAUGUUCGCGGAGUCGGAGGAGUUUGCGGCGUUGAGCGUUGGGUUUGCGCUGGAUGAAGGGCAGGCUAACCCUGGGGAUGAGUUUAGGGUUUUCUACGCGGAUCGGAUUCCGUGGGAGGUGAAGAUCAAGGCGAAGGGGAGACCGGGGCAUGGUUCGAAGAUGUAUGAUGAUAGCGCGAUGGAGAAUUUGAUGAAGACUGUGGAGGUUGUUAAUAGAUUCAGGGAGAGUCAGUUUGAUGUGGUUAAGGCUGGAUUGGCUUCGAAUGGUGAAGUUGUUUCUAUUAAUCCUGUUUAUGUCAAAGCUGGGGUUCCCUCCCAGGAUGGGUUUGUGAUGAAUGUGCAGCCUUCGGAAGCCGAGGCUGGUUUUGAUCUUAGGUUGACCCCUACGACGGACCCUGAGGAAAUGAAGAGGAGAAUCGCAGCAGAAUGGGCGCCGGCUGUUAGAAAUAUGUCCUAUGAGAUAAAAGAGAAAGGACCCCUCAAAGACCACAUGGGACGUCCCUUGAUGACCGCAACUAAUGACUCCAAUCCAUGGUGGUUAGUUUUCAAGCAGGCCAUCACAUCAGCUGGAGGAAAACUUUCAAGGCCUGAGAUCCUUGCAUCCACAACUGAUGCUCGAUACAUUAGACAAAAAGGAAUUCCUGUACUUGGUUUUUCCCCAAUGAAAAAUACUCCAAUCCUGCUUCAUGACCACAAUGAGCACCUACGAGAUACUGUAUACUUGGAGGGAAUACAGGUAUACGAGUCUCUGAUAAGUGCCUUGAGUUCAUUUACAGAAGUCUCACAAUAAGCGCCUGCAGUUGUAUUAAGGAGGGGCUGGGUUGCUUAUCUCAAUGUGAAAGAAACUGGUGAAUGGUGAUGGGCAUGAUUUUAUCAAAAUAAUCAAAUUAGUUAGUUACUAAAUGAUAUGGUUUCGCUCAUAUUAGUUUCUCAGUGCUUGUUUGGAACCACGCUCGGAAGACAGUAAACAUGGAUAUCCGGUUGAAGCUUCAAGUUGUAGCGUCUACCUAAAUGUGCAUUGGAGCCUUAUGUUACCUGGAUCAAUAGUGUUAUUUAUAAAAAUUCAAUCAUAAAAUGGGCUACACCCACUUAUUUGUAAGAAAGUUCAUUUCCUUUGUUUGGAGAGUGGUAAAAUAAGGGAAUGGAAAGAAAAUAUAUUAUGGGUCUCACAUUGUUUCCCUCCAUAUAUGGGAGGAAAGCUGACAUUGAGUGUACUUAAAUAAAAGUACCAUUCUGUCCUCUAAUUGUCUGACAUAUUUCAAAGUUGGGAUAUUUUUGUAAAUUUUUGUUGAUGUGUUUUCUACUUUCCCUUAUUAUUCAAUGAGAGAUAUUUUCGA